AUGGAUAUUAAUUCAGCCUCUUUCACAAAAAUAUUUCCAAAUGCCCGUAAAUGUUUUAAUUUAUCUGAUAAAUUCUCAAUUCCGAAACCAUUAUUCGAGUACGCAACAUUUGCUACGACUCUCAGCUUUUAUCCUGAGGGUAAUGAUAAAAUUGAUGAGGUAAUAGAUACGCGCGGCUCAAAUUGCCCGAUAAAUGCAACUGAAGCCGCCAAAAUUUCGUUGUUUGGUGAAUUUUUAGAUGGUCCAGAGAAAUUGCAAAUAAUAACAAAUCAAAUGCUAGCAUCGUUGAGUCGAUCGUCGAAAUGGAAGUUGUAUAGUGCAGAGCGAAAAGGGUCUUUGAAAAGCGCUUGUCGACCUGAUUACAUGGCCGUUGCUGAAAUAAAAAAUAAGUCUAUUGAGAUCAGAUACCUUAAAACUGGUAGACCUAAUUCUUCUCUAGACAAACAACUUCGAGACUACAAUAAACUCAACAGGCUCGCAAAAGAUUCAAUAAACGAAACAUGGUGGCCAAAAAUAAUAGUGUCAUCACAAACUUCAACACCAACAGCUGAUUCUCCAUCACAGCCUUCGACACCAACAGUUG